AUGCCUAAGAGGUGGGCCGCUCGUCGUCAUCAUCCUCUCAAGAACAUUCUCUCCAACACCUCUCAAACAGCCACCUUCAACGUCCACCACCACCAACACACUGUCUCCUCGCUGCUUGACCCCGGCCCGAGCAUGAGCACCACAACAGUUGUUGGUACGGGCCUGCAUUUGUUUGCGCUGUCGCCCAAUUGGAAGACGAAGAUGGCCACGUCCACCACCACCCAGGACUCGCCGUUGGAUAAAUUCCCGCUCUUCGACGACACCGUUGCGCCCGUCACGGCCGACCAGAACGGCCUCAACAAUGACCCUCUCUUUGCUCAUCAGUCGUUACACUACUCACAACCUACCAGAUGGAUGCCGCGGAAACAAGCUUCUCUCUCCCCAGUGGGUCCUAAACAGCGCCCGCGAAAAAGUAUCAGUGAAGCCAUCGACGGCUUUAGAGAUCGUGGAACAAGCGUCAGUGUCAAUGCCCAGGAGCUCGCGGAGGCCUUGAAAGCUCCUGUGUCGUAUAAACUUAUUGGUCUCUGCGUCAUCUGGUAUAUGACCUCCGCUCUCACCAACACUUCCUCCAAGUCCAUCCUGAAUACUCUUCCAAAACCAAUUACUCUUACAAUCAUCCAAUUCGCCUUUGUAUCGAUAUGGUGCUCCAUCCUUGCGUCUCUCGCGUCCCUAUUCCCCUCCCUCCGACGAGCUAUUCCCGCUCUAAAAAAUGGUUUGCGAAAGCCAUCCGUUGAUGUCAUAAAGACCACACUACCUCUGGCCAUGUUUCAGGUUCUAGGACACAUCCUCAGCUCAAUGGCCACGUCUCAAAUACCCGUCUCCAUGGUGCAUACCAUCAAGGGCCUGUCGCCCUUGUUCACAGUACUGGCCUACCGCUUUGUCUUCAGAAUCAAGUAUGCGAGAGCUACAUAUCUAUCCCUCGUCCCACUCACCACCGGCGUCAUGCUAGCCUGCUCUUCUGGCUUUUCUACCAAUUUUUUUGGCAUCCUCUGCGCCUUCUGCGCCGCCCUCAUCUUCGUCUCGCAGAAUAUCUUCUCCAAGAAGCUUUUCAACGAAUCUAACCGUGCCGAAACGGAGGGCCGCCUCGGCGCUGCCCGCAAACUCGACAAGCUCAAUCUCCUACACUAUUGCUCUGGCCUUGCUUUCAUCCUCACCCUACCCAUUUGGUUCAUCUCUGAAGGUUACAACCUUACCAAAGACUUACUACACGACUUCUCUAUAGACCUUUCCACCAAGUCCGGCACCCUCGACCACGGACCCCUGAUGCUAGAAUUUGUCUUCAAUGGUGUCUCCCAUUUUGCCCAGAACAUCCUCGCCUUCAUAAUCCUCUCCAUGAUCUCACCCGUUUCCUAUUCUGUCGCCUCCCUCAUCAAGCGUGUCUUCGUCAUCGUCGUUGCCAUUGUCUGGUUCGGGAGUUCCACGACCUCCGUCCAGGCAUUCGGUAUCGCCCUGACCUUCCUGGGUCUGUACCUCUAUGAUAGAACCAGCCACGAAGACGCGGCGGACCGUCGCGCAAACGCAGACCGCUUCCACCGCUCCACUAAGAAGCCUUUACUACCGCUCAAUACGAGCAGCAACGGCGGUCCUGUCGGCGUCCCCAGUACCAGCAACGGCAGACCGUGGGACGCGAACGGGUAUCUGUUCCCGUCGGUAUCAAAGUCGCAAGCUGAGCGUCACCACAGUUCGAAGAAGGAGAAGGAUCAAGUGUCGCCCAGCCGAAAUGGACAUGCGAGGAAGACAAGUGCUGUAUGGUUGCCUCCGGGGACAAAGCAAGAGUCGACGUGGCAGGAAGGUGAUUCGCAGGCGACGCCACCAAAAAACUAAAUAGAAUUGAUGCUUUGUUAAGGAGUCCCAGUUUUCAUUUCUUUCGUGAGGGCUUGCUUUCAUUUCUUCCUCGAAACAGUGGAGUUUGUUUUUCUAACGCUGUACAACUUUUUUUCCCCUAUUUGGCAUUCAUUUUUUUGUAAAAAAACUGAUACAAUAUAAACAUGAGAGUACCUGCCUCCUCA